AUGUUUCGGCAAAUGAAGGCAGUGUUCCAGAAACUUCGACAUCUGAGUUUCCGUGGACAGACCUACACAUGGAGACUAAAGAGCACAUCAGCAACAGAGAGAGCUCUUCACUACCAACCUGGACAGAAAAUUCAUGGAUUCACAGUCCAAGAGGUUGUAGCAGUUCCUGAUCUCUUUCUUACUGCAGUGAAGCUCUCACAUGACAAAACAGGAGCUCAGUACUUGCAUGCAGCCAGAGAAGACUCUAAUAACCUGUUUAGUGUUCAGUUCAGGACAACCCCCAUGGACAGUACCGGCGUCCCCCACAUCCUGGAGCAUACAGUCUUGUGUGGGUCGGAGAAGUACCCCUGCAGAGACCCCUUCUUCAAAAUGCUCAAUAGGUCCCUGUCCACCUUCAUGAACGCAUUCACAGCCAGUGACUACACCAUGUAUCCAUUCUCAACGCAAAACACUAAGGAUUUCCAGAAUCUUCUGUCGGUUUAUCUGGAUGCUGUUUUCUUCCCUUGUUUACGAGAGCAGGAUUUCUGGCAGGAGGGUUGGAGGUUAGAGAAUGAAAACCCUACAGAUCCCAGUUCCCGUCUGGUCUUUAAAGGAGUGGUGUUCAAUGAAAUGAAGGGGGCUUUUUCAGACAAUGAGCGUCUAUACGCCCAGCAUCUGCAGAAUAAGCUGUAUCCAGAUCACACCUACUCUGUGGUGUCAGGAGGGGAGCCUCUGGACAUCCCCGAUCUGACCUGGGAUCAGCUCAAAAACUUCCAUGCCACACACUACCAUCCCAGUAAUGCCAGGUUCUUCACAUAUGGAGACCUGCCUUUGGAAGAGCAUCUGAGGCAGAUUGAGGAGGAAGCUCUGUCCAGGUUUGACCGCAUCAAUCCAAACACAGAAGUUCCCCCUCAGCCACAAUGGAGCAGUCCGAGAGAGGAUCAUGUGACCUGUAGCCCUGAUGCUCUGGCUCCAGAUCAGUCCAAACAGAACACAUUGUGUAUGAGCUACCUGCUGGGAGACAUCACAGACACAUUUGAAGGCUUCACUCUGAGCCUGUUGUCGUCUCUGAUGAUCUCUGGACCAAAUGCUCCCUUCUACAAAGCUCUCAUCGAACCCAAGAUAGGAUCAGACUUCUCCUCUGUUGUUGGAUAUGACGGCAGCACCAAAGAGGCAUCGUUCAGCAUUGGACUCCAAGGAAUGGCUGAGGAGGACAUGGAGAGGGUGAAAAAAAUCAUCAACCAGACCAUAAAUGACAUUAUACAGAAUGGUUUUGAGGAAGAGAGAAUCGAGGCAAUCCUGCACAAGAUUGAGAUCCAGAUGAAACACCAGUCGACCAAUUUUGGCCUGUCUCUGGCCUCUUACAUUGCAUCACCGUGGAACCAUGAUGGUGACCCUGUGGAGCUGCUGCAGAUCAGUGACUGUGUCUCUAAGUUCAGGAAGGCUCUAAGGGAAAAUCCACAUUUCCUCCAAGAUAAAGUCCAAAACUACUUCAAGGAGAACACACACAGACUGACCCUGUCCAUGAGUCCAGAUGAAACCUAUCUUGACAAACAAGCCAAAGCUGAGGAGGAGAAGUUGCAGAAGAAGAUUCAGGCUCUGACUGACAGCGACAGGAAGGACAUCUAUGAGAAAGGUCUGGAGCUGCUGUCUGCACAGAGUAAACCUCAGGAUGCAUCCUGUCUGCCUGCUCUCAAAGUGUCUGACAUUGAGCCCACCAUAGCCAUCACCCCUGUUCACCUCAGCUCUGCAGGAGGUGUACCAGUGCAGUACUGUGAGCAGCCCACUAAUGGUCUAGUGUACUUCAGAGCCAUGUGCAGUUUGAACACCCUACCAGAGGAGCUGAAGCCCUAUGUGCCUCUGUUCUGCAGCGUUAUUACCAAAAUGGGCGCUGGUUCUCUGGACUAUCGGCAGCAGGCUCAGCAGAUGGAGCUGAGGACGGGGGGUGUGUCUGUCUCCACACAGGUCAUCCCCGACUCCACCCACAUGGACAUGUAUGAACAGGGCAUCCUCCUGUCCUCCUCCUGCCUGGAUAGAAAUCUGCCUCACAUGUUUGAGUUAUGGACUGACAUAUUCAGCAGCCCCCACUUUGAUGAUGAGGAGCGCCUCAGAGUGCUGGUGAUGAUGUCAGCACAGGAGUUGGCCAAUGGCAUUUCCUACUCGGGUCACAUGUAUGCUAUGACCAGAACAGGCCGUCACCUGACCCCAGCAGGAGACCUUCAGGAGACCUUUACUGGAAUGGACCAGGUGAAGUUUAUGAAGAGAAUAGCUGAGAUGACAGACCUCAUCCAUGUUAUCCGGAUCUUACCCAGGAUCAAAAAACACCUUCUGAAUCCCGACAACAUGAGGUGUGCCAUCAACACCACUCCUCAGAAAAUGUGUGAUGCAGAGGGACAGUUGGAGAGUUUUAUUAAAGAUGUAUGUGGAAACAGAAAGGAGCGUAAACCUGUCAGACCAAAUAUCAUUAAAAAGCCUCUCAACCCUCUGCAUGAGUCUGGACCAAGCAGGAAACUCAUCUAUGAGUCCAACUUCCUCCCAUGUCAGAUGAAAACUUUCUUCCCGAUGCCGUUUCCUGUCAACUUCAUUAGUGAGAGCAUCCGCACAGUACCUUUCUCACAUGAAGACUUUGCCAGUCUGUCUAUCUUGGCAAGGAUGAUGACGGCAAAGUUUCUCCAUGGAGAGAUCAGAGAGAAGGGUGGAGCCUAUGGGGGCGGAGCCAGGAUGGGAGGAGGUGGUCUCUUCUCCUUUUACUCAUACAGAGAUCCAAACUUGGUUCAGACGCUGUCAGCGUUCCGUGGAGGAGUGGACUGGGCCAAGUUGGGUCAGUUUACCCAACAGGACAUAGAUGAAGCCAAACUGUCGGUGUUUUCGGCCGUCGACUCCCCCAUUGCCCCGUCAGACAAAGGGCUGGGUCAGUUCCUCAGUGGAAUCACAGAUGAGAUGAAGCAGGGUCACAGACAAAGGCUGUUUUCUGUCACUCACAGAAACCUGGUGGAUGUGGCUGAAAGGUACCUCAGUGUGGGACAGAGUACACGUGGAGUCGCCGUUCUGGGCCCGGAGACUGACACCAUUAAAAAAGAUCCUUCAUGGAUUGUCAAAUAGUACUAAUAAUAAUCAUGUAAAGGCUUUUCAUUUUCUUGUCAAGACUUUUUAUAGUAUUUGCAACAAGGCUGAAGCGCACAAUAUGACAAGGAGAGAAAGUUUUCGUCAUGGACUGGAGGUUUUUCUUCUGACAGAUUCCACCGUGUACAUAUGUAUGAAAAUGUGAAUAUUACAUGAUGAAACUGAAACAUAAAGUCAGCUCUUCAUUUCUAA